AUUUGGGCCUUUUGAUUUAGUUAACCGGGCACAAACGAAACUUAAUCAUCGGCCACAUGUUUCUCCGGUGAACAAUGGCCAGCUUCAUCAACGUCUCUUCUCCGCCGUUGCUGUUGCGAGCUUCAGCAGUUCCUUCUUUAUCUCCUCCUUCCCUUAAACCGAUAACCCAAUUCAAGGGAUUGUGUUGGCGCUGGAGAUUGAAGUGCACAAGUAAAGAAGAUGCAGAACCAGAAUUUGAAACGGCGAAGCCUGCUUCAUCUUUCCCUCUUUCAAGCGUUUCUACAUACAAUUGGUGUGCAGCUCUUGGAGGUAUCGGGUUUCUCGAAACUGCAUACUUGACUUACCUUAAACUUACCGAUUCAGAUGCCUUUUGUCCUGUUGGUGGCGGCAGCUGUGGCGAUGUGCUGAACAGUGAUUACGCUGUCGUUUUCGGCAUUCCUCUUCCGGCCAUUGGAAUGGUUGCAUAUGGUCUAGUUGCAGCACUUGGGUUUCAGUUGCCUGUAAAGAACUUACCUUUUGGAAUUGGAGAGUCUAAUGGUCGCUUGAUUUUACUUGCAAGCACCACUUCCAUGGCAGCUGCUAGUGCAUAUUUUUUGUACAUUCUUAGCUCAAAAUUUUCUGGAGCUUCUUGCUCAUACUGCCUCUUGUCAGCUUUCUUGUCAUUCAGCUUAUUUUUCAUCACUCUAAAGGAUUUUGGGUUGCAAGAGAUCCAAAAAGUAUUGGGUUUGCAGUUAUGUAUAGUAAGUUUGGUCCUUUUUGCUUUGAACACGUCAUAUGGUACUUCUCCACCUGUCUCCUCAAGCCUGGCCGAAAUCGAGCUACCAUAUUUUACCUCUGAGAUAACCACAUCGUCAAGUCCUUUUGCUGUUUCUCUUGCAAGGCAUCUACACUCUAUAGGAGCUAAAAUGUAUGGGGCUUUCUGGUGUUCUCAUUGCUUAGAACAAAAACAGAUGUUUGGAAAGGAAGCAUCAGGAAUACUGGACUACGAGGAAUGCUUUCCUGAUGGAUAUAGAAAAGGAACUAAAAUAGCCAAGGCAUGUGCAGAUGCUAAAAUUGAGGGAUUCCCAACUUGGGUGAUUAACGGUGAGGUUUUGAGUGGAGAGAAAGAACUGUCGGAGCUUGCACAGCUUUCUGGGUUUGAAUUUAAUGAACUGAGUCAACCCAGUUAGAGUAAUACAUUAUAAUAGCCUUUGCACAUGUACAGUUUUAUAGAUGAACUUGUAGUCUUCAAAACUGCCGAAUUGUUCAUAAUCUUUAAAAGUUGAGUGCUCAAUAUACUGGCUUUGUUCUUUGGUGGGUGGCUUGGCAAAUUAGUAUACCUUUAAACUAUGUACACAAAUAAAUUUGUUCUAGGAAGAGCAAUAAUUUCAAUUGUUCAAUUUGAAUCCUAUAUGGACAAGAUGCUCUUCUAUUCUUUGUUUUGUUCUCUUCCAACAAUGUGUUAGUACAUCUGUGUACAAGUUUCCAGGGUUUUCAA